GGGAAAAAACCCAAUUCUUCUCCAGCCCAACUCCUCCCGCGAGCGCACGACGCAGACAGCAGCAGCAACCGAAGCAAAGCUUGCUUCUCCCCGCAGCAAUACAGCGCAGCACAACGAACCCAAAAGGGAAAGGAAUAGCCGAGGGAGAGCAAGAGGAGCAGCGAGAAGAGCUCGAGGUGGUAAGGAGGAGGAAGAACAGGGCAAACCCUAGAAUUCUCAUCCAUUCCCCCGCGGUGGGGUCCGCCGGGGCAGCGCUCGGAUCUGCCUCGGAGCUCGCGCUUGCGACUGGGAGAUCAGGGGACGACGAGACUGGUGAGCUGGGUUCAGGGACCGCCGAUUCAGGCCGCAGGUGCUGGAAUGUGGCUGGGUGGAGUGGAGUGGUGAUUCGAGCUGCUGCUGUUUCUUCUUCUCCCUGCUCGUGAUAGUUGCUUGCUGAAGUAAUUUGGACGGGCUAUGAUUUCAGCCUGAUGUCUCAGAAGCACAUAAGCACUUGGAGAAAUUAAGUGGCCAUAAACAAUGCCACCUUCACCAUCGCGGAGGAGAUCUCCUUCAAAUGAGACCUCUCACAAGAGGGUCAAUAGUUUCGGGAAUGCACUGCCUGCUAAAGCGAAAGAUGAUGAUCUUACAUUAUUCACUGAUAUGCAGAAAACUGAGAUUGAAAACUUCUUACUGGAGCCAUCUGAGGAUUUUGAUGAAUCCAUCUCAAAAUUGAGCUUCUUCCCAGAUGUUAAGCUUGGUAUCAACGUCCCAGUACGAGGAGAAAGUAGCCAUGAUUUGCUUAAGGUGGAUGGUGAUAAAAAUGAUUAUGAGUGGCUGUUGACUCCUCCAGAGACUCCACUUUUCCGCUCACUGGAUGACGAAGGACAGUCUGCCGGCCAUGCUUCCAGGGGCAGAGCUCAGAGUAAGUCCAUGCACAUUUCGAGGUCAUCCACGAUGGAUAAUGCACAAAGGUCCAGUAGAAGCAGUGCAAGCCCAAGUAGGCUUAGCCUGUCUCCACGCUCCAUCCCAAGGACAAUGUCACCUAAUUCAACUUCUCGCGCUAGCCCACCACUUUCGCGUCAACUACCAACUCCAUCGCAAAGACCUUCAACUCCUCCAGCUGCUAAGAUAUUAGCAUCUGCCCGAAGGUCUCCAAGUCCAGUCUCUAGGAGGAUGAGUACUGGUUCAAGCGGCCUAGCAUUAAAUGGAGCAAGGGGAGCUUCUCCAGUUAAAACUAAUCACAGAUCUUCUCCUAAACCUCAAGGAUGGCAGUCCAAUGAUCCUUGUUUCUCGUCUGAUGUGCCUCCAAACCUUCGUACAUCUCUACCAGAUCGUCCAGUAUCCCGCUCAAGGGGUGGAUCCCCUACAUAUUUCAGUGGACUUGAUACGGGUUCAAGAGGUAGAAGGCAAUCAAUGUCUCCUACUCCAACUAGAAGAGCUAGUUCAUCACAUAGCGUUGAAAGAGAUCGAUUGAGCAUGCACAGCAAAGCUUCUGCAACAUCUUCUGGCGAAGAUGAUCUGGACUCUAUUCAGUCUACAUCAGUUGGCUAUUCCAGCUGCCCAGCUGUAAAAAAGAGCUUGGCAGUGAUGAAGACAAGAACUAUAGCAUCAUCAAAAAAGACGUCCAAGAAUUUCUCCCCUAGUUCAGCCCCAAAGCGGUCAUUUGAUUCUGCAGUUUGGUUGAUGGAUCAUCGGAAAGCUCCUCAAGAUAGGUUCCGGCCACUUCUAUCAAGUGUCCCUGCCACCACAUUUGGUGCUAGCAAAAUAAAUAAUGUCCACAAGCCUCUGUUCUCACACAAUUCCUCUGUGACGACUAGCAGUAAUGCAAGCUCUGAGCAUGGUGCCACUUUUAGCCAUCACAUUGACAGUGACCAAGAGCAACAAGAUCUGAUUGGUGAAUGGGAAGCAGAUGAUGGCUUUCGAGUUCACGAGGACAUAUUUAUGUUCGAUAAAUUGGAUGAGUUGAAUGAAGAAACCAGUUACGACAUGAGUGCAAAAUAUGUAAAUGAUUCGCCUCUCCCAGUGGAACACUUCAAAAGUGACAAAAAGGGCUUUGACAUGGAAAGAAAUAGGUUAGCUAAUCAAACGGCAUAUAAUGGAAUAAAUAGUUCUCAGGUUUUACGUGGUGAAAUGGCUACUUGCAGUAAGUGUGGGAAGUUUUUCAAUGCGACGGAUUUGGAUGAAAAGGGUGACUGUUGUGAAGAAUGUGCUUCAAAGCUUGGAGGAUUUUCCACAGACCUUAUGUUAUGGACUUCAGAAGAAGUAUGCCAACAUGAUGAUAAAAUUGCAAAGUCCAGGCUUUGCGUUGAAUCUGAACCUCCUAUAGCCCCAGAUAGUGUAGACUACAACAAACAAGCAUCUCUUGAUCAUCAAACAGUGAACAAUGUACCUCUAGCUGAUUGUAAGGAAAAAUGUCCUUCAAGUCAGUUGAUGGUGGAUACGGAUGAGGACAUGCUGCUGGGGCAGGAGGUACUGAAUCAUGAGGCAAAUAUGAUGCCAUAUCUUGUAUCUGACUCCUUACUGGAAAAUGGUGAUGAUAUUUCAUCUAGUCGAUCUAGUGCAAGGGACCAUCAACAAACAGAACCAACAUCAGUGGAGCAUGACCAUUACGGAGACCAAAUGGACAACUGCGAUCAUGGAUUACCCCGAUGCCUUAAUGAGUUAGACUGCCAACGUAAUGAAGCUGUAUCUGAUAAUUCCCAUCAACUGGGGAUAACUGAACAUCCGAGCCCUGAGGUUGAAAGUACUGAAGGCACUGGGAUAUCAGUACUCCUACACCAGAAGUCAAGCAGCAACAAAUGGCCGGUCAUGGAAGGGGGGAGGGCCAUGGCUGCUACAAAUAUUGUUUGUUCUGAACCAUAUUAUACAAGAGAUAGUAUAAAUAUGAUGAAGCGUAGCUUUGGACGGGACAGCUCUUCAGCUUCUUCUUCCAUUGAUCUAGGGUCUUCAAGGCAAUCAGAUGGACGCUUUGAGCGCCUUAGGAGUGGUAAGAAGGGUGACUUUGAGAAGGUUCAACUAAGCAGUACCAUGAGUCAUCAAAGCAUUGCUUCAGUGUCAGAUAUGUCAAUUAGUGGUUCUUCAGCUUCACUUUGCCAUCAGAGUUAUGCAAUUGAGGACACUUGUUCCCGAAUUGACACUUUGGAAAGCAGUGCUUCAAGAACCGUGGUUUCUACUGAAGAAGAUGGUUAUAGUAAGGAUGCUUGGUCAAGUGCUAUGGAGUGUUCCUCUGCUGCACGGCCUAUUGUCAAUGAUGACAUCCUUGUUGACGUGAACUCCUCGAGCUUUGGUAGAUUGAGUGAGACAGCAGAGGCAAUAAGUCAUAAUCGUAUGGGCAGGAUGGCUGGCAAUGAUCAUUCCAGCACUAGUAUGUGUUACUCCGAUACGGAAAUGCCAAGUGAUGUCCAAGAGUCUUCAGCUGCCGAGGAAAGUUCCUUGCUAAAACCAGAAGAAGAUACUUCUGAUGCCACUCAGUGCUGUUUAGUUGGCACUCCAGAUCCAGUUGAGAACUUUGACAAUCUUCUAAUGCAGUCUGAAGCAGCAGUGCAGGCUUCAGUUGAGGAACACAUCUUGGAUGAUUGUUGUGUGUCUGCCAUCUCGGAGGAAGAUGUGUUGGUUUCUAGAACAGGAACUAGCAUAAUGGAACUUCCCACUGAUGAAAAAUCACCUGAGACAGUACAAGGGUCGAUGAAACAAAUUCGGAGGUGCUUCACGCUCGAAGAAGCUACUGAUACAAUUCUCUUCUGUAGUUCAAUCGUCCAUGACCUUGCCUACAAGGCAGCAACGAUUGCACUGGAGCAUGAGCAGGAAUCACAACACGUUGACUCUACUCAGCCGAUGGUUACCAUCGUAGGGAAGUCGAUUCCAAGUGACGAUUGUUUCCUUAAGCUGCCCUAUAGACGAACGCCAAAUCGUAAGGUUAAAAGGAAAAGGUUGGAAGGUGAAAUGACCAUCGCGGUAACCGUUGAAGAUGAAGCAAUUGCUAAAGAUCCUUCACCUGUAAGUUCUGCUUCCGGAUUAGUAAGGUCAUCCAAUAAUAUGAAGCCUCCAAAGUUGGAAUCCAAGUGCAACUGUGUGAUUAUGUGAGUUACUCCUGGCAUCCUGUGUGCCAAAGGGACAUGGGGAAUACACACGCAAGCUGCGAGACUUGCCACUGAAGCACGGCUGCCCUGCUUAGCGACGGAUAGACACGGCUCUCUAGAUUAUUUUCCGUGGAUAGUGCAUUUCUGUUUUUUAGGCAACAGAAUUGCACUAUGAGCUACGUAUUCUUUUGUAUAUCCUUUUGCCCUCUGUGUGAAAUUUUCUGCUUGUUAUGAGGUCCAUUGGGGUUUGUCCGAAGUGUGAAAUUCCAGAUUAAAUAUCUGUAUUUAAAGUAUAUUUUCAUGCAA